AUGCCCUUCGUCUCCGCUGCCCGUUACGGCAAGGACAAUGUGCGCGUCCUCAAGGUCUCGCGCGACGCCAAAACCGGCGUCCAGCACGUCGUCGAGAUGACCGUCUGCUGCCUCCUCGAGGGAGACAUUGACAGCUCGUACACGCGAGCAGACAACAGCGUCGUCGUCGCCACCGACUCCAUCAAGAACACCAUCUACAUCACGGCAAAGCAGAACCCUGUCCACCCGCCCGAGCUCUUCGCCUCCAUACUCGGAAGCCACUUCAUCCAGAAGUAUAGCCACAUCCAUGCCGCCAACAUCUCCGUCAUCUCCACCCGCUGGGCCCGCAUGGACGUCGACGGGAAGCCGCAUCCCCACAGCUUCAUCAAAGACGCUGGCGAGACGCGCAACGCCGAAGUGCGCGUAUGUCGCAAGGACGGUAUCCUCGUCACCAGCGCCAUCGCUGGCCUGUCCGUCCUCAAAAGCACCGGUUCCGCCUUCCACGGCUUCGUCCGCGAUGAAUACACGACGCUUCCCGAGACUUGGGACCGCAUCCUCGCCACGAACGUCGAUGCUCGCUGGAACUGGAGCCGAUUUGCCGACCUCCGAGCCGUCCGGGCCGCCGAGCCCAAGUUCGACCGUGCCUACGACCUAGCGCGCAACAUCACCCUCAAGCUAUUUGCCGAGGACAACAGUGCCAGCGUUCAAAAUACCAUGUAUAAGAUGUGUGAGCAGAUUCUUGCUGCUGUUCCCGAGACUCAGAGCGUCGCCUAUUCGCUGCCCAACAACCACAACUUCGAGAUCAACUUGAGCUGGCACAAGGGCCUGAAGAACACUGGCAAGGAUGCCGAGGUCUACGCCCCGCAGUCCUCCCCCAACGGCCUCAUCAAGUGUGAGGUGUCGCGUUCGGAGACAAGAGGUGACGUGGCCGGUUCGACCCGGUCCAAGUUGUAG